ACCAAACUACAAUGUAGAGAAGCUCAGUAAGGGUAUGGCAACCCCCAUAGUAGACAAAAAAACACCCACUUUAGACAAGAAACCUAAUGACAGUAAAAAACCCAAGACCAUCCACAAUCCAUCCCUAAAUCAACAAACAUCUGAUAGUAUGAAUAAUAACCCAAGAAAAAACAAAUAG